AUGACGUUUAGCUUCGGAAAUACGUCAAAUAGCACCUCCUCAUUUGGGACGACAUCUACCUUCGGGAAUUCGAAUAAUAAAACAGGUGGAAGUCUCUUUGGAAACACAGCCACUUCUUCUACAGGCGGUUCUACUUUUGGUACGUCAACUGGAGGCAGCUUAUUUGGCAACACAACUACAAGCUCGUCGUCAAGCGGCGGUCUUUUUGGCAAUAAGAAUUCAACCGGCGGAAGUCUCUUUGGAAACACGACUACCUCUUCUUCUGGAGGAGGUUUGUUCGGAAAUACUUCGACUUCAACUGGAGGCGGUCUUUUUGGAAAUACGACAACGUCGAGUAGCGGUGGUGGACUCUUUGGUAAUAAAUCGACGACUGGGACGACAGGAGGACUUUUUGGAAACACGAGUUCUUUUGGAGCGUCUGCUUUUUCAAAUAAUAAUCAAAACAACCAGAAUCAGAACCAACAAGGCCAGCCAUCCAACCAGCUCCUCCUCACUGCCAAAGCCUUGUCCCAGCCUCAACUUUUCGGCGACGAGCGAGACCAAAUCAUCGGUAAAUUCAACACGGUCCAGGCAAAUUGGGGCGCUGGAAAAGCUUUCUAUUCAAAGAGUGGAGAAGCGGUCGAACUCAAGCCAAACAAUCACUUCUGCUGCUUUAAAAAUGUUGGAUAUGCUUCCCUACCGACUGCGAAAGAUUCCGACGGUCUUGUGAUUCUGACGCUGAAGAAAAAACUCGGUCCUGGGGGCGUCGAAAAGUCGACUGUAUCUGAUGCAAUCCACAACGCGAUGGGAAAGAAUCCAGCGAUUUCAGUACAAGUCGAAGGCUUGCGCGCAAUCGAGAGCGAAAAAACAGAAGCUACUGUAUUUGUCAAGGUGCAGAACAACGAUGGAACAUCACGAGUGCUUGGCGCUUCGGAAUUGUCAAAUGGGCUCAAUCAACAGAAUAUCAAAUCGCAAUUGACAACCGCACUUGCGCUGGAAGAAAUUACAGUAAGAACGACAUUAUCAGAAGAGACUAUCAAGCAGAUUUGCGACAAACCUCCUGCCUGUAUUGACCCAGUGAUUUGGAAGCAAGCAGUGGCGAACAAUCCCGACCCGAAGAAAAUGAUUCCUGUUCCUAUUCUCGGGUUUCAAGCGCUGAAUGGACGGCUAAAACUGCAGGAAGAAAUGACUCAAGCGCAUGAAAAUCGAUGCGACAUGCUCAAGAAGGAAAUUCGUGAAGCCCAGGAGCGGCAGGCAAAUACAAAGUCAAAGAUUCAAGAACGCAAACGGAAACUCCUCGAGCUCUCCCACAAGAUCCUCGAAGUGAUCAUCGCUCAAGAAGUGCAACGAAAGUCGGGUAUGGCGAUUCAAACAGAAGAAGAGCAGCUGAGAGCCCAGCUGGAAGCGCUCAACAAUCAAAUUCGCGCUCCGCAGCAAUUCAGAGGACGACUGAAUGAGCUUCUGUCUUCGAUCCGGAUGCAGUACGAAGGUGAUCAUCGGCCCCACUUUGAAAAUGUCAACGCCAACUUUGAUGAAGGAACUAUGAAGGCUAUUCAAAAACAUCUUGGGGACCAGCAGAAGGGAAUCCAGCAUAUGGUGGACAAGAUGAAGGUAGCAUUCGAAGAUCUUGGCAUCAUCGAAAAAGGACUGCUGGAAGACAAUCACGGGCGAUUUUGA